GAGGGGUAACUGAUAAUCGCGGCAAGGGGAUCACUCAUCUGACACCGACUCUUUCCGGUGAGAUUCGAUAAUAUUCGGUUCAUAUUUCCAAUACGUGUGCACACGUAUAUACGGCGCGUUGCUUGUGUGCGUGGCCGAACGGAUCAUCCCCUCAGAUUACGGGCGGUUCGGUCUCCUUACACAUUCUCCAUGGUCAGAUGCAUACUCGAUUGAUAAAGCUGGGUACACGUGUACGUACACGCGACACUUGAGCGACGAGCGGCUCGACCAAUCACGGCCGAACGUUCCCGUCAACACGCGACCGCGAUUGGUCAAUUCGCUCGCCGUUUACGUCGCUCUAGUGUUCUCGGCCUAACACUUGGCAGUCGAGUGGUUCCUCUUGGCAAAACUUUGGCAGAUAGGAACAGAUAGGAAAAAAUAACUCUCGGACGUGGCCGAGCAAAUCUGACGCAGCCGACAGCCAGCGCAACGUAGGUUUUGUCGUGAAAUAAUGUCCCACCAGACCGGAAUCAAAGCUAACGACGCAUUGAAGAAGUUGUUCGCGAAAUGCCGCGACGGGAAGAUACGGGUACUAAAGAUUUCGAUAGAGAAUGAGGAGCUUGCUCCGGCGUCUAGUUUGAAGCCAGCCAACAAGUGGCAGGACGAUUACGAUAAAAUGAUCAAGCCGCUCAUCGUGGAGAAUCAGCCAGCCUACAUCCUCUAUAGAUUGGACACAAAGUCACCGGAUUCUGGCUACGAUUGGUUAUUUAUAUCCUGGUCGCCCGACACAGCACCAGUGCGGCAGAAAAUGCUUUACGCCUCCACCAAGGCUACGUUGAAGCAGGAGUUUGGCACAGCGUCGAUAAAGGAAGAAUUACAUGGCACUGUCCCAGAAGAUAUUACGUUAGACGGCUAUCGCAAGCACAAGAGAAACGACACUGCGCCUGUACCGUUGACAACGGCGGAGGAAGAAUUAGCUGAGCUGAAGAAGACUACCGCGACUACGGACUAUAGCGUGGAGACGAGACAUCAGACAUUGAGCGGCGUAGCUUUCCCAGUAACGGACCAAGCCAAACAAGCCAUCACGGAACUUGGUAAAGGAAUUCACGAAUACAUUCAAUUGAAAAUUCAACUGGAGGAAGAAAUGAUACAUUUAGUCACGGCUUGCGACGUUUCGCUGGAUAAAUUACCUACUAAAGUACCAUCUGACGCUGCUAGAUAUCAUCUUUACAAUUUCAAGCAUACUCACGAAGGAGAUUACACGGAGAGCAUAGUCUUCAUAUACAGCAUGCCAGGAUAUAGCUGCAGUAUUAAAGAAAGGAUGUUGUACUCCUCGUGCAAAGCGCCUCUGCUCGACCUAAUCCAGUCUCUAGGAGUAACCAUAACGAAAAAGUUGGAAGUAAAUAGUGGAGAAGAGUUGGCAGAUAUGUUGGAAGAUCCUCCAAGCAUAAAAGACACAGCUGCAAUAACUCCUGCAACUCCGUCAACACCUUGUGCCCCUACUCAAUCCAUACCAGAGAAAAAAUCAAAACAGAAACGGUCUUGUGUCUUAAGCUAAAACUGGCUUAAAGCAUUUGUCUCUGCCGUUAUUACUGCUUCUUGCUAAUUCAAGUGUUUACCAUGUUUUGCCCGUCAGAUAUCUUCCUUCGUGAAUUCCAGAAUUGUGAUAGUAUGAUAUUGACAUAGGAUGUCAUUUUUUAAAUAAAGUAAUGGGUUUCCAGUGUUUCAUGUUAGAGCAAAUUAUAAUUGUCUAGUUAUAUAUAUAUAUAUAUAUAUGGAUAUAUGUUACAAGUUAAUUUACAAGUAGCAGAAAAUAAUGUAAUAAUGCAUCAUGCAAGAGAAAGUUAAUCUGUGUUGUUUAUCAGCAUUUAGAAUUGAUUUAUAUCAAAGUGAUACGUACGUGUCUAAGUAGCAAAACAGAGUAGACCAGAUGAUGUAUUUUUCUAAAUUUUAAAAGCAAAAUUAUCACGCGAAAGGCUUUGUGCAAAACGCCAUUCUAUAUCUAUUAAUAAUAAGUGUGACAUGCCUAUGGCACAAAUAACCCCAUAUAGUUCAUGUUUCACAUAUACUGUAUGAAAUUAUUCAUCUAUAUGAACAAUCGUGCCGAGAUUGAUGGAGUUAGGAUUACUUUGUUUGACAUUGAAAGCUAAGCCUCUCUCUUUCAUUUUUACAUUUACGUAUUUUUACGUAUCAAUACUAUGUGAUAGCAAUUUCUCUGUGAAAUGUGUAUGUAAUUUAAUUAUAUACAGAACCUAACACAUUCUAUUCAUAUAGAGUUCCUCUUUAUUCCAAUAACUUUAUACUAUACGUAUACAUAUAUAUUUUACAUACAAUAUUCCUAUAUACCUAAAAUAUAUAUUUUCCUAGAAAAAGUACGUUUAAAAGUAUAUAUUGUGCUAAAUAUAUACGAAUUAGUUCCUAGUCUAAUAAAGGUGAUAUUUGUCUUUUUAAGUAUUUCUUUAGUGAAAUUCCGAAGGCUUGGCUUUUAAACUCAUUCAAAUGUUUAUAAUAGAACUUGAUAAUGUAAUAUUUUUAAUAUUGAUCUGUGGUAACUUGCAUAUACCAUAUGUGAUGGGUAGAGAGUUGGGAAGAAUUCCAUUUGCGCUCUAGAUAGAUAGGUGGAUAGGUGGAUAGAUAGAUAGAUAGAUAGAUAGAAGGAAAGAGAGAAAGCCCUAAAGUCAUUCGCCUAACUUCUCUAUAUAUUUUCAAUAUGAUGGUAACGUAGUAGAACGAGUGAUAAAUAUGCAAACGCCACAUUAGUGUGGAUAUAUUUUUUUCGCACAUCAUUAUUUCAGCUACAAGAUAGUGUGAUAACACUAGUUAUUUUACAUAUAAAAUUUUAUAUCAUGUUCUAUACUAUUGUAAAUGCUACAAAAUAUUAGAUUCUUAAAUAUGUAUGAUGUAAGACUGAUCUUGGUCCUAUCAGCUGUUGAUGCGCAUGUUAAAUAUUACAUUUAGCAACAGCUACACGCUUGUAAAAUCAGUUUAAUCGUCUGCUAUUCUUGUUAUUCUUGAAAUCUUAAAGAGCCAUAUUUUAUUAGUUGUAACAAUUUAUUAUUUAAAUAAUAAAAUAUAUAUUUUAAAUUUGAAAGAUUGUCUCAAA